AUGCAGCAAACUGAAGAUUCAGAAAUCGAAGAUGAUGAUAAUAAUAACCAUUCGUUGACUGAUAAUUUAAAUCUUAGUCAACUCAUUGAUUUAACUUUACCUGAAUUUGUAUCAACUAAUAAUGCUUUAUUUGAAUCUGCUAUUAAUAGAUUAUCUUCUCAUGAAAGGACUUAUAAUUUAAAAAAUAAAGAUUAUGAUCUAAUUCA